AUGACAUUCAUCAACGGGGUUUUAGACGUCGCACCCAGGAUCGCGCAGACACUAGUGGAGACAUGUUGGACGAUCUGGAGGCGGAACAUCGCACUAAUAAAUAAUAUUAUCCCUAACGAAGUAAUACUUCAGCGGACCCUAACAGUGCAACAACAACGAAAUGGGCAGAUAACAACUCCCAGUGAUGUGGAUUUUACAGACAGGGACCAACGUAACCCUGAACCGUUAAGAGGCACACGUUCGGCAUCGCAGACUGCGCAUCAAUUCGUGCAGGAAGCUAUGGGCGAUAGUCUGAUGGCACGUCGAAUGCUCGGACGCACUCCGUCGAAUCAAGUUAUGUCAGCUAGUGGAGACAUGUCGGACGAUCUGGAGGCGGAACAUCGUACUAACAAUGCAAUACUUCAGCAGACCCUAACAGUGCAACAACAAGGAGAUGAGCGGAUAACAACUCCUAGUGAUGUGGAUUUCACAGACAGGGACCAACGUAACCCUAAACCGUUAGAGGCACACGUUCGGCAUCGCAGACUGCACAUCAAGUAG